AUGUUUGUUCAGAUCUGUAAGCGAUCACUGUUAUUUAUAUCAAAUAGGGGGAGGGUUUUAGUGAACUCAAAUGCCCAUUUGGGGCCUCGUCAAUUUUAUACAGCCAAAAGUUCUUCGGCAGGUGUAAGAGAUGAUGAACAAGAACGCUCAUUUACAGUUAAUUACCUUGUCAAUUCCUGCUUCUUGACGUUAGAAGCUGCUAAAUCUGUGUCUAAAAAGAUUCAUUUUGAGAAACCCAAAAAGCCAGACUUGGUCCUUAAUCUUCUCAAAGAUCAUGGGUUUACUAGGAAACAAAUCUCUACAAUCAUCAGGGUUCGUCCACAAGUGCUGGUAUCCGAUGCGGAGAAGACCCUUUUGCCGAAACUUGAAUUUUUCCGUUCAAAACAUGUUUCAAGCUCUGAUGUCACAAUGGUUGUUGCUGGAAACCCAAACAUCCUCUGCGUCAACUUGGAGAAAAAUUUCUUUCCUUGUUAUGAUUUCCUCAAGAGUGUAGUUGGAAGUGAUCAGAGGGUCUUCACUUUAUUGAGGCGAUCACGUUGGCAUUCUUCUUUGUUAUAUUUGGAGAAAUUUUUACUUCCAAAUGUGUUGCUUAUGAGAGAAAUUGGGUUGCCAGAGUCCUCUAUCUCGCUACUUCUAUUGCGUAAGCCCUUUUUAGUCUGCCACGCAACAGAAAAGUUAGAUAAAAUUAUCAGAGAAGUUUUAAAUAUGGGAGUUAACCCUUUAAAAGUGGUCUUCAUUGAUGGCCUUGAAGUGAUUCAUAGUUUGAGCAAAUUGUCGUGGGAACGUAAAAUGGAGGCCUACAGGAGCUGGGGUUUGUCUGAUGAUCAGAUUUUGGCAGCUUUUAGGAAGAGCCCAAAAUUGAUGGCUUUAUCUGAGAAGAAAAUAUCAAGGGUGAUGGGCUUCUUUGUCAACGAGAUGGGUUGGACGUCUUCUGUUGUUGCUGAAGCACCAAUUGCUUUAUCCUACAGUUUGGAGAAGAGAAUUAUUCCUAGGUUCUUGGUCCUUAAAGCUCUGCUGUUAAAGGGUAUCAUUGCAGAAAAGGACUUUUCUAUCUGUACCAUUUUGUUACCAGAUGAGAAACGGUUCUUGGACAGGUUUGUGAUAAAAUAUCAGAAACAGGCUCCUCAACUAAUGAGCAUAUUCCGAGAAAAAGUUGGUCAUCAGGAGUUAGGUUCCAGAUAUGAGGAAGUUUAUAGUUGA